CUGACGUCAUCGUCUCCUGCAACUGUGAUUGGUCCGGCAGUGUGUGCACAAAUACAAAUUUUCUUUAAGUUGAAGUGUAUUCAGCUUUAGGCUGGAUAUUUAGUUCUGUUAUUUAUUUUUUUCUCAAAAACGGGUGGUUUAAGAAAUCGCUCUUUUGGCUUUGUGCGAUUUUUGACAAGACACCGUUUAGAAUGGCCUUGCGGGUAAGUGCAUCAGAAGUAAAUCUCCAUUCCAGAAAGCCACAGUCCGCUAGAGUCAGAGUGGCGGUUCGUCUUAGACCCUACGCUAAACAAGAUGACGAAAAACAGCAGGGCCCAUGCGUCCGUGGUAUUGAUGCACAGUCACUGGAAAUAAUCAACUGGAGAAACCAGACUGAAACUGUGUGCUACCAGUUUGACAAGUUUUAUGGUGAGAAGGCAUCGCAGCUUGAUGUAUACAAAGGUUCUGUUUUACCAAUACUUGGGCAUAUACUGAAUGGACAGAAUGCCAGCGUGUUUGCUUAUGGCCCAACAGGUGCAGGCAAGACGCAUACAAUGUUGGGGAGUCCUGAGCAGCCUGGUGUAAUUCCCCGAGCCCUAAGGGAUAUAUUUCAGAUGACGAGAGAACUACGUAGUCAAGCUGAACAUGAGAACUGGGAUUUCACCAUUACAAUGUCCUACCUAGAAAUUUAUCAAGAAAAGGUGCUGGAUCUCCUUGAACCAAAACAGCAAGACCUCCCUAUCAGAGAAGAUAUGAAUAAAAAUAUUUUCAUCCCAAACCUCACGCAGAAAGUUAUUGCAAGCUUUGCAGAGUUUGAAAAGCAGUUCAUCCCAGCUAGUCAGAAUCGUACUGUUGCCAGCACUAAACUGAACAGUCGUUCCAGCCGUAGUCAUAGCGUCUUGCUUCUCAAGGUUGUGAAAAAGGAGCGAGUUUCCCCCUUUAGGCAGCUUACUGGCAAGUUGUAUCUCAUAGACCUUGCUGGCUCCGAGGAUAACCGGAGGACUGGGAAUCAGGGUAUCCGGCUAAAAGAGAGUGGAGCUAUCAAUUCAUCCCUCUUUGUAUUGAGCAAGGUCGUAGAUGCCCUUAAUCAAGGCUUGCCCAGAAUCCCAUACAGAGACAGCAAACUCACCAGAUUACUACAGGACUCUCUUGGUGGCACUGCUCACAGUGUGGUGGUAACUAAUAUUUCCCCAGAGCACAAAUAUUAUUUCGACACACUCUCUGCUCUCAACUUUGCAGCCAAGUCGAAACAAGUAGUCAACAAACCUUUCACACAAGAAACUAUUCAGAGCAUGGGUAAGGUACCUAUGAAGCGAACUCAUGAAAGGCAGGAUUCUGAAGACUGCGAACAAGCAAAGAAGAGUAGAAUUGAAGAGGGGGAAGAAACUCCACCUAAGCCAAAAGUAGCUCGGAGUCCUCUUCCAAAUAUUGAAAAUCUCGACCCAGGUGUAGUCCAAAGGCUACUGCGGCUGGACAGUCUUAUGCGUAAUGAUGCAAAUGGAAUGCCUCAGCUGGACACUCCAAAACGCGAGAGGUUAGCUCUGUUAAAGGUGGUGGAAGAAAGCCAAAAUGAGAUCAUGCAACUAAAGGAGAGGCAGAAGGAGCUUGAGGAAAGGGUACGUGUACAGAACACUUCACAGACCAGUAGUGACGAAACACCCAAUACCAGCCUAGAAAUUAAAGCCAGUCGACUGCCAUUGCCACACAGAUCCUGCACAGCAAAUGUCCGCAAGCAGGCAGUCGUGCUACCGAUGAAGACUCGCAGUCCUCUUACUGCUGUCAUGGAAGGAAAUUUCUUUACGAUGCAGAAUAAAUGCAAAGAUACCAGUGUCACUGAAGAAAAUAAGGAAGAAUGGGAGUUGAAAAUAAAUGAUGACUUACUGAAACAGCACCGGUCCAAUAUACUCAGUCUACUCAAUACAGGCUCCCUCAAAGAAUUGAAAACACUCCAGAAAAUAGGAGACAAAAAGGCACAGCUAAUCCUGGGCUGGAGAGAAGUGAACGGGCCUUUUAUGCAGAUUGAAGACCUGCAGAAGGUAGAUGGGAUCUCUGCAAAGCAGAUGGCAUCAUUCUUGAAGGCAAAUAUUCUUGGAAGCAUUGGACGAUGAGUUACACACGAUCAUUUCAACUCUGUACAUAUUUUUUAUUCAAAUGUUGUUUUUAUAAAUAUUUACGUAUUUUAUUCAUUUAACAGUGUUUUUAUACAUAAUGUCUGCAGCAGAACCUCUGUAUAUAGACCAGUUUUUAGAUUUUAUUCAAAAAUAAAACUUUUGAAUAAAUCGACCUGUCUACAUAACAAAUGAAAUUUCAAAAUAUCCAUAGUAUGCUUAUGUACAGGUGAGUGACCACUCAAGGCUGUGAUGCUUAAGGAUUUUAAAAGGAAUUAAAACGAAACUGAAAUGCC